GGUUGACCGACUUUUGAGGUUCUCGUGAAACGAUCUUCACAAUGUCAUCGACGUUAUUGAAAUCUGUGUUGUAUUUGCCAUGCAGAUUUCAGAAUGGUAUCUGCCGUGUCUCAACACAAGCUAUCAAAGGCUACGUUGCCGAGAAUGAGCCGAUGUUUGACUAUGGUCCUGGCAGCAGUGAACGAAAGGAACUCGAAGAAGCGUUGGAACGCCACAGCAGUCAAGUGACUGACAUCCCCAUCGUGAUCGGAGAUGAAGAAAUCCGAACUAAUGUUGUGCAGUACCAGGUUGCGCCAUUUGAUCACCAAAAGAAAAUUGCAAGUUUCUACUAUGCUGGUGCGGAUCUGAUACAGAAAGCAAUCAACGUCAGUCAGCAGGCCAGGGACGCCUGGGAGAAGAAGCCACUGGAAGAACGAUCGGAAGUAUUUCUCAAAGCCGCCGAGUUAGCCAGCAAAAAGUACAGGAUGGACAUUGUGGCUGCCACCAUGCUGGGACAGGCGAAGAACGUAUGGCAGGCAGAGAUCGAUUCCGCAGCCGAACUGAUCGACUUCCUUAGGUUUAACGUCACAUUCGCCCAGCAAGUAACGAGCUAUCAGCCCAUCAGUCCGAAUGCGACCACCAAGAACACCAACAUCUAUCGUGGGAUGGAGGGUUUCUGGGCGGCUGUGACCCCAUUUAACUUCACGGCCAUCGGGGGCCACCUACCUGCUGCUCCAGCUCUCAUGGGUAACGUGUCGCUAUGGAAACCGUCUGAUACCGCGAUGCUGUCCAACUACACAGUGUUCAAGAUCUACCGAGAGGCGGGUCUUCCUCCCGGUGUUAUUAACUUCACCCCGGCCGAGGGCGUGGUGUUCGGGGACACCAUCACCAGCUCACCGCACCUCGCCGGGAUCAACUUCACAGGUAGUGUCAGGACGUUCAAGCACCUAUGGAAGCAGGUUGGCGAUAAUUUGGAUACGUACCGAACAUACCCUCGGCUGAUUGGAGAGUGUGGUGGGAAGAACAUGCAUUUUGUGCACAGUUCUGCCGAUGUCGACUCGGUUGUUUACGGAACGAUCCGGGCAGCGUUUGAGUACAACGGUCAGAAGUGCUCCGCAUGCUCCCGGGCAUACAUACCGGCCUCACUGUGGCCUGAAAUCAAGAAGAAACUGCUGAAUAUUCAUAAGGAGAUCAAGAUGGGCUCUCCCUUGGAGAAGGACUCAUUUGUUACUGCUGUUAUUGACGAUAAGGCCUUUUCUCGUAUCAAAGGAUAUCUGGAUUACGCCAAAUCAUCCAACACGGUCAAAGUUCUUGCUGGAGGAAACUGUGACGACAGUAAAGGAUAUUUUGUGGAGCCGACCAUUCUGGAAUGUACCGACCCGCAAGACAAACUAAUGCAAGAGGAGAUAUUUGGCCCCGUGUUGUCUGUGUAUGUGUACACUGACCGCGACUACCAUGAAGUGGCCACGUUGGCUAACAACACCUCACCCUACUCACUGACAGCCGCCAUUUUCUGCCAGGAUCCGAAGGCAAGGGUUGAACUCUGUGACCUGCUGCGUAACUGUGCAGGCAACUUCUACAUCAACGACAAGUCAACGGGCUCAGUCGUCGGUCAGCAGCCAUUCGGCGGAAGUCGACUUUCAGGAACCAAUGAGAAGGCAGGAGGCCCGCAUUACUUGAUGAAAUUUGUCUCAGUUCAGUCGGUGAAGGAGAGCAUGGCACCGCUGCGAGAAUGGCGCUACCCGUCCAUGGACUGAUCGGUCAGCUUCCCGCACUUUCCCGCGUCGCCAGUCGGGCUGAAACAGUUCAGAGAAAGUUUUACCAUUUUUUAAAAUCCCACAACCACUGUUUGUGUUGACUUAUUAUAGUGACCGUUUUAAAACAAAAGUCAUAAAAGGUUGAAAUACCAGGCAGUGCUCUGUGGUAACCAAGUAUCUUUGAUUAAUUAAUUAAGUUAAGAUAUAGAUAGAUAUUAACCAUAUUUAACCAGGCAGUGCUCUGUGGUAACCAAGUAUCUUUGAUUAAUUAAUUAAGUUAAGAUAUAGAUAGAUAUUAACCAUAUUUAACCAGGCAGUGCUCUGUGGUAUCCAAGUAUCUUUGAUUAAUUAAUUAAGUUAAGAUAUAGAUAGAUAUUAACCAUAUUGAACCAGGCAGUGCUCUGUGGUAACCAAGUAUCUUUGAUUAAUUAAGUUAAGAUAUAGAUAAAUAUUAACCAUAUUGAACCUAGUGUUUUAAACUGACUUUUUAUAAGACAUAGUUAUUAUCAACUGGUCUAAGUAAUAGAGAUUAGUAAACAAGCUUGUGUGUCGCACUGAUAAUUAUGAAACAAAUGUCCGGAUUUUUGUAUUGCCCAAGUGUUAGCGAUGGUAAUACAUGAAUCCUAACACAAGUUUCACGAAAUCAGUACGACUCGCACACAAGUGUAAUAAUUUCUUUAUUAUUCAUAGUAUUAUUGUUAAUUUUUAUGAAUAACAAAGACGGUCUCAAAAUGUUUAAACCACAACUAGAAGUUGAUGAAAUGACGUCAUAAUUCAAAUGCACAGUCUGAACUAGAGCUAGGGAAGCCAUGCCAUGUUAUGACAUCGCUUCCCAAAAUUACGUCAUUGCACUUGUUAUUACGUUGUGCUUCGUAUGAUUUUUAUUAACUCAGUUAUGUUGAGAACCAUGUGGAAGCUUGUAUGAAGUGAAAAGUCGAGAUACAGGUAUAACGUUUCCAAUGGUAGCAGCAAUGGCAUCAACUUUUACGAUUACUUGAACAUUAAAUUUAUGCACAUGGCUCCAUUUCUAACAAGCUAAAGUCCUACAUCAAUGAAACUUGGUUUGUAGUUACAUAUUUGAAUGUGCAUCUCAUAGGAUGUUCAAAUAAAAAAAAAAGUUUUAAUUUUUGUAUUAUUUUUAAAAUAUAUAUUUAUUUUUUUCAAACAUGGAUGGCAAGACAUUUAAUUCUGUGGAAUUACUGUUUUAUGCUUGAAAAAAUUGGGUGGUGGGAAAUUGAUAUUUCUAAGAUCUAAUCAGUUUUAUCCUCUUUUAAUUUUUGUAUGUUUUUAAUUAUCUUUUGGAAUGAUUACUUACUUACUUAAUCGCCUUCGUGCUAAGAAGCCCAUCAUUAGGCUGUAACCAGAGAUCACCACUGCUGCCUGUCUUUUGCCAGGUUCUCCAGCAGCCCCGAGCUCAGACUGCCCUCUCGAAUUUCCUUCUCUACUGUUCUCCUCCGUGUUUCUUUCAGUCUUCCUCGUUUCCUGUUUCCAGGAGGGGUCCAUUGGAGUGCUGUUUGAGGCAUUCUGAUGGCAUGGCCAAUCCAGCGCCAUCUUCGGCGCUUGAUCUCCGAUACCAAUGACUCUGUGGAGGUUUGUUUAUGGAGUUCUUUGUUGGUUACGAUAUUGGGCCAGAAGAUAUUCAGAAUCCUGCGCAGGCACCAGUUUUGAAAGUCCUCCAACUUCUAACCGUUUUGGAAUGAUUAGACGGAAUAUAUUAAGCAAUUAUUAAAAUAAUGUGUUGAUGAAAUAAAUCAGUUGUUUGAGAAAUGUUACACCACUAUAUCAUUAAAAUUUAAAUUUAUGUUUUAGUGUACUGUAGUUUAAUAAAAACCACUAUUGUAAUAAUUAUUUACAGGUUAUAAAAACAAUAUUUUUAUUUUCCCAAUUAAAUGUUUACAUCCCUACCUAACACAUAUCGAAACAUCUUUACUUUUGAAAUAUUUUUUUUAAUACAUUAAAAAUGCAGGUCAUUAGUUGAAUACUCAGAUUAAGAUUACUGGUUGAAUACACAGAUGUAGUUUAUUAGUUGAAUACACAGAUGUAGUUUAUUAGUUGAAUACAUAAAUGUAGUUUAUUAGUUGAAUACACAAAUGUAGUUUAUUCGUUGAAUACACAAAUGAAGUUUAUUGGUUGAAUACACAAAUGUAGGUUAUUGAUUGAAUACACAAAUGUAGUUUAUUGGUUGAAUACACAAAUGUAGGUUAUUGAUUGAAUACUCAAAUGAAGUUUAUUGGUUGAAUACACAAAUGUAGGUUAUUGAUUGAAUACACAAAUGAAGUUUAUUGGUUGAAUACACAAAUGAAGUUUAUUGGUUGAAUACACAAAUGUAGGUUAUUGGUUGAAUACACAAAUGAAGUUUAUUGGUUGAAUACACAAAUGUAGGUUAUUGGAUGAAUACACAACUGUAGUUUAUUGAUUGAAUACACAAAUGUAGGUUAUUGGAUGAAUACACAAAUGUAGGUUAUUGGUUGAAUACACAAAUGUAGGUUAUUGGUUGAAUACACAAAUGUAGGUUAUUGAUUGAAUACACAAAUGUAGUUUAUUGGUUGAAUACACAAAUGUAGGUUAUUGGAUGAAUACACAAAUGUAAUUUAUUGGUUGAAUACACAAAUGUAGGUUAUUGAUUGAAUACACAAAUGUAGUUUAUUGGUUGAAUACACAAAUGAAGUUUAUUGGUUGAAUACACAAAUGAAGUUUAUUGGUUGAAUACACAAAUGUAGUUUAUUGGUUGAAUACACAAAUGAAGUUUAUUGGUUGAAUACACAAAUGUAGGUUAUUGGAUGAAUACACAAAUGUAGGUUAUUGGUUGAAUACACAAAUGUAGGUUAUUGAUUGAAUACACAUGUAGUUUAUUGGAUGAAUACACAAAUGUAGGUUAUUGAUUGAAUACACAAAUGUAGUUUAUUGAUUGAAUACACAAAUGUAGGUUAUUGGAUGAAUACACAAAUGUAGGUUAUUGGUUGAAUACACAAAUGUAGGUUAUUGGAUGAAUACACAAAUGUAAUUUAUUGGUUGAAUACACAAAUGUAGGUUAUUGGUUGAAUACACAAAUGUAGUUUAUUGGAUGAAUACACAAAUGUAGGUUAUUGAUUGAAUACACAAAUUAAGAUUAUUGGAUGAAUACACAAAUGUAGGUUAUUGAUUGAAUACACAAAUUAAGAUUAUUGAUUGAAUACACAAAUGUAGUUUAUUGGUUGAAUACUCAAAUUAAGAUUAUUGGAUGAAUACACAAAUGUAGGUUAUUGAUUGAAUACCAAAAAACUUAAAAACGCACAACUGUUCUCCAAAUACCCUUGAAAGUACUCCAUUUGGACUUUUUCUUUCAUUUCGUGUUGCUUAAUUUAGCUUUCGAUAUUGUUUUAAGCAAAUUUCGGAUAUGCCACAUUUUUUUCUGGAAGCUAGAAGUAUAUUUGCAAAUACUGCAGCAUCUAUUAGAAAGUUUUGGCAGUAUGAUUUAACUCAUGUUAACUUUCUAUUGUUCAAUUCAGCUUUUAUUGUUUUGAGCAAAUUUCGGAUUUGUCACAUUUACUUCUGGAAGCAAGAAAUACAAAAUUUGCAAAUACUGUAGCAUCUAGUAGAGAGUUUUUACACUACAAUUUAACUUGGGUUACCUGUUUACAAUUAAAUGGAGAAUCAAAGUUAUUGUAGAGUCUGAACCUCUGUUCAUUGUAGAGCUAAAGUUCACCUUUUAACGCCAUUAUUUUAGCACUGAUUUUUUUCAAUAUGGUUGAAACUGUAUGCUGGGUUUAUGGUAGAAUGCUCACCUGGGGUACAGUGGGUUGUAGGAUUCUUCUUCUCCUCCUUCUUUUUCUUCUUCUCCUUUUUUUUCUUCUUCUGUCCCUUUUUCUUUUUUCUCUUCUACUUCUUUUUCUGCUUCUUCAUCUGUAUUCAAGCUACAAUGAUGUAUGUAGUUGAUUAUGCUUUAGAUUUGGAGUCUGGUUGUGUUGGAUGAAGUCAUCUUUGGUGCCCCAUAGCUUGUCAGCCAAUGUUUCUCUGUUCAGCCAGUGUUGUUCUGUUCAGCCAGUCUUUAACCUUGUUUGUUGGGCAAGAUGUGCUCUAGAUAUGGACACGGAACUCUAUUUCCAUGCCCCUAUACCACAGAGGUUUCAGGCACGUCUGUCCCACAUCUGAUCUGUGGCAUGGCCAGUGACCUGACUUGGGACAGAUGUGACUGCCAUCUCCAGUCUUAUGUACCGCCUGAGACAGAUGUGCUCUGGAGACUGUGGUCCUGUUUGACAAGGACAAUCAUCGGUGUCUGCCAGCUUCAGGCAGUGCAUAGUGGGUUGUGGACUGAUUUCUUUCAAAGGAUCUGUCAGAUUGUAGCUAGUACUAACCAGUGCCAUUGCUACUGCUGUAUCAAAGGCUGUAUAAAAGUGCAUAUAAAAAAGAAAGGCAGUUUUUCAAAUGGAUAUCGAGUGCUGUGAAAUCACUUUUGUUCAUGGUGGUCUAAAUUUUCAUGUAAUUUGUGGACUGGUGCAGUCAACGAAUUCAAGAACACAAUGAAAAUAUAAUAUAGGGAUACAUUCGACACAAAUUUAUGAUGUUACCUUUUUAAUCCACAAAGUUAAGUACCCACUGAAAUGGUUUUUUUUUUUAAUUAAACCUCAAAAAUUUAAGCUCAUAAAAAGAAAGAUUUCACAGUCGCCUACAUGGAUAAAGUAGACUUCUUCUCUAUGUAGUAUCAUUUAAAUAGAUUUAAAUAGAUAUCCAGUAGUCACUAUUAUUUCUCUCCUUGCCUGGGUUAAAAACAUUUCACUGUAGAUGCUUCUUUUGCUUUAAUGUUAUUUUUAUGUCAUAAUAAUUACUGACUUGAAAGAUGACAAUCAAAAAUAUUUGAAUCGCAUUUUAGACAAAUUUUGAAUUUUAAUCAUUUGCAUAUGAAUUAUAAAAUAGUUAAAUCCAUCUUUGAACAUUUCUCUUCUUUUUUCUUUUAUUUGCUGUUAUUCACUGUUUUGUUAGACUGAAGAGUUGUGUAAGUGUGGGGCUGCUACAUCAUAUAUCAUGAAUCAGGAAGUAGUUGAAAGCAUAACAUUUUAGCAAAUUUAGCCAGGCCAUACAAGCCACUAAUAUUUGAUGACCCUAAAUUAAAAGAGACGUACAACAAACUGUUCUGAAAAACGUUUGUGUGAUUGUUUUGUCAGUGAUUAACUGAACACAAAACAAUGGUUACAUGCUAUAGAUUACAUGCUAUUUUUGAACCAAUUUAUAUUGUUAAAAGUACUAAAAUUGGUACCUCUUCCAACAAACCCACCUGGAUUAUUACCCGACUUGCCAGGUAAAUCAAAUAUUAUACAUAUAUCCUUUUUUAGUUUCUAUUAAUGUUAUUUUUGUUUUAAUAUUUAAGUUUUGUUUCAUACAGACUAAAGAUUUGAGUUCAAGUUGCAGCUCUAAGGUCUUUUUCAAAUGAUCUGUUCAACAAAUGCUAAUUGACAAAUUAAAUAGCAGUUGAAGUUAAUGACAAAAUGAAUCUCAGACAAUUUUAAAUCAUGUUGUUUUAUAUAAGCAUAUAAAUUAUAAUGAGGACAUUUUCUCAUCCACUGUUUAAAAGACUGUUUUGCAUAGGGGUGAUGUCACACAAUGCGAGUGUCUCAUACAAGAAUAGCUUAUUGCAUAGCAACUGGUGAAUCGCAUGAAAUAGUAAUACCUGUCGUGUGACAAUCGGCUAUUGUCGUGCAUGGCACUCGAGUUGUGUGGUGCUGCCUUUAGGUGUUUAACAGAUUGACCUGAGUGGCCUGCCAUUGUAACAUGUUUCCGAUGAACAAAGCCUUUUCCACAACUAAAAUUACAUGUGAAAUACAUUUCCUUAGGUAGAAUAUCGGUGUCUCUAUGUUCAAUGUGUCAGGAAAAUGGAGAAUAGCUACUUACCGGUAACGAUGUCGGAUAUCUGCUUUAUCCUGUGACGGUAAGAAUGGGAAAUUCUGCGACGCUCUGCAGAGCGGAAUUUCUCAUUUGGCCUGAACAUGCUAAAGCAGAUAUCCGACUUCACUAACUAGU